AUGUGUGAAGAAGAUGAUGCUGACUUGGAUGGAGCUGGAGCCACUGGAGCUGUAGUAUUGCCUGCACUACCUCCAGGUGUUAAGUUCACAAUCACCAGCACUAUGAUUCAAUUGUUGAACCUAAAAGUCACAAGAGAUUCCUGGAGUGAGCCAAACAACGAUGAGAUUGAGGUUGUUUCCACUGUCUCUUACUGGAAGGCAACUAACUGGUUGAAUGAGAUGCCAGACGACUCUAUCAGAACAUGGACUGAGCUAAAGGAAGCUUUCCUAGAACGAUUCUUCCCAGAAUCAAAAGAGUUGCAGAUGAAGGACCAGAUAAGUACACACAAGCAACUACCAGAAGAAGCAAUGCAUGACACUUGGUGGAUAUUCAUCCAAAAGCUGAUGAAAUGUCCUAACCAUGAUCUUACUGAGAGGCAUCUGAAACAAGCUUUCUAUAGAUCUUUAAACUAUGUUACUAAACCUGUUGUUGAUGUAGUUUGUGGAGGUUCAUUCAUGAGAAAGCCAUUCUUAGAGAGCAUGCAACUGUUAGAUGAAAUGUCAAAGAACAACAGGGCUUGGUACACUAGAGAUGCAGAGGUAGAAGAGCUUGGUUAUACAAUAAAGCGUUCAGCUGAACAGAGGAAGAGAGAAGAAGAAAGGGACCAAGACAUGGCACAUAUGUGGACACAAAGAUAUCUGCUCAUAAAGCACAUCGUAGCCAAGUCUGAAAAGGUAAAUGCUGUGGGACAACAAAACAGGUAUGAGGAUCAGGAUAUUGACCUUGAUGAGGAAGUUAACUACUUGGGGAACCAAGGAGGUCGAAACUAUGCUAGGGAUGGUCAGUAUGAUAGGCCAGCAAAUAGAGAUCAGGGAAACUGGCAGAAAAGAGAUGGGUAUAGGAAUGAUCGCAGUGGUGUUUAUGUACCCCCAGGUAAUAGAGAUCGGGCAAGUGGUAGUUCCAGCGAGUCUAAGCUGGAAGACAUGAUGGCUAAGGUACUCCAGAAAGUUGAAUCAACUAAUGCAGGGGUAAAAGAAAUGAGAGGUGAUUUCUCGAGCAUGAGUCAGUUGGUGGACUCUCACACCACCUCCAUUAAACAAAUUGAGCAGCAGUUGGGGAAACUCUUAACCUCACUGAAUUAG